GUCUGAGCAAAGCAAAUAUCAAGUCGGUUGAGGGUUCGAGCCAACCUUUUGUCUCCAGGAGACCGGUUAGACGCUCGGGCUUUAUGUGGUGGGGGUUUGGCCUAUGCAUAGGCAGUCGUCCAAUGCGCGCAUCGGCAGCGACCUCUCAGCUGGACUCGUCGCCGUCUUCGUCGGCGGCGGCACGGGAGUCAUCGGCGAGACCACCAUGAAGUCGUUUGCUAAGCACGCCGUCAGCCCGCGCAUCUACUUGAUCGGCUGGUCCAAGGAGGCGGCGACGUGGAUCUAGUCCGACCUCGAGGCCGUCAACCCCGUUGGCGAGUACCACUUCACCGCCGCCGACGUGUCGCUGCUCCGCUCGCCGACGACGCCUGCCGGGAGAUCAAGGCUAAGGAGCGCGCCGUCAACCUCGUCCACCUCUCU